GCCAGCAGCAACCUGUCUUAAAGAACACAUGGCAUCAUAGCAGUAAGAAUCGUCCCCUACUCACGACACGCACUCCCCUUGCUGCCACGUUUCGACACCAACAGAUUCUCCGUAACCACCAUCUUACUUUAACUAGACCUCCAUAAUUCACAUAAAGAAUGACCAGCAGCACAGUUACAUUGUACGAUCUUGACUUUUUUGCUUGAAUUCCAACUUGGGUUUUGGUGGUUUGUGACGCACAAAAGUUUAAAAACACUUCUGUUUUGGAAGAAAACGAGGAGGAGAUAUGGAGAAGAGAGUUGAGGUGAUGAUCAUGGUGAUGGUGCUAUGGAUGGAGGUGUCUUUGUGCUGGAGUACUAGUUAUUCUACUGAGGAUUUGGUGGAGAAUACGAAGGAAAGAGUGAAUUUGGCAGCGGAAGAUGCAAGGAUCAAGGCUGAAGAGAUGAAGCAUGGUGCGGCAGAAACCAUGCAAGACGCCGAGGAGAAAGGAAAGACUUGGACUGGUUCAGCGUAUCAAAAGUUCACCGAUGGAUUUGGAUUCAAUCAAGAAAAUGCAAGAGAGGGAGCUCAAAAUAUAAUGGAUAGAGCUGGAGAUGCUGCCUCAAAGACCACAGAUACUAUGAAUUCUGUUGCAUCUGAAACUUCAAGGUAUGCCUCUCAAAAGGCUGGUGAGGCAGCAGACAUGGCCUUUGGGAAGGCGGGUGACAUGAGGGACGUCUUUGCUUCAGAGAAAGCCGAUCAAGCCAAGCAAAUGGCUUCCAAUAUUAAAGCUAGUGAUGCCAGGGAAACAUUGGCAGGAGCAAUGGAAUAUGGAGGGGGUAAAAUUGAGGGUGCCUAUGAUGAAGCUAAUCAGAAGUGGAACAUUGUUAAAGACAAGGUUUCAGAUGGAGCAAACAAUAUGGAGGACACGAUUGGUGGAGCACUAGGAUAUGGGAAAGAUAAAGCAGCAAAUGCCUAUGGUGAUGCUACCCAGAAAAUGAACACAGUCACUGAUGAGGCUUAUGAUGCUAAAGAAAGAGUGGGGAGAUCAAUGGAUUACGGAAAAAAUAGAGCUGCUGAUGCCUUUAACGAGGCUUCAAAUAUUGCAUCAGAUUGGGCUAGUGAUGCUAAUGAGGCCGUUUCAGGAGCAAUGAGAUAUGGAAGAGACCGAGCUGCGGAUGCUUAUGAUGAAGUUAAGAAGUAUGCGAAAGCGGACUCAAAUAUGGUUUCAAACAAGACAGAUGAUGUGAAGGACACAAUAUCGGAAGCAAUGUGGUACGGACACGAGAAAGUCACCGAUGCCUAUGAUGUAGCUAAAGAGGAGAUCUACAGAACUUCAAAUAUAGCCUCAGAGAAGGCUAGCAAGGCCAAGGAAGCAGCGGCAGGAGCAAUGGGGCAUGGAGGAGAUGGUGAGAGAGAUGCUUUUGAUGAAACUAAGAACAAGAUUAAGGAGGCAUAUGUGUCUGCCAAAGACACAGUGACUGAUCAGGCCAAGGCCAGCAAUGAAGCUGCCAAGGAGACGCUGUCAAAGGCAACUAGUGAUAUUGGAGAUAUAUAAGAUGAGAAAGGAGACUGCUGAUCUUUGAGAGGACUUCACCAGUUUCGGCACAGUAUCUUCGUCUGUGAGUCAUAGCUCUUUAAUUAGCUUCUUUUUCUUUUUUCUCAUAACAUGUACGAGAUAGCAUCCAAUAAAUUUUAUGUAGUUCGUUCA